AAUCCCCAGAUUUAUGCCUCAUGUUGCCCUUUACAAAAAUAGUUUGUAGAGCGCUGUAUUUAUGUGAGUGCUCGUUGAUAAUGUUAACUUGAAUAUGUUCCCAUAAAUCCUUCAUGUUGUGCUCAACGCCAGCAUAGUACGACAGUGACAAGAGCAGGAGCAUCGCCAGGAGCAUCGCUACACAGGUCGGCAACCAAGAUGGUCGCUUUUUGGAAAACCACGCUAACUUGUUUGCUAACAAUGCUGUGUCUUUUUGUGCAGUCCCAUGCUUGGAAUGAAAGGGAUACGCUGGAAGACAUGCAAGACGAAAUUUCCUUUCUUAGAGAUGAACUUGGCACUUUAAACACAAAGAUGGACAUUCUGCUGCAGGAAGUGUACGGACACAAGGUGUCAACAAAUAUAAGCGAGCCCAAAUGGCCACCUCUGAGUUUAGUGAAUGUCAGUAAACAAGAAACAGACGAAGGUAUCAAAACUACAGUGUUUUACCAGACCUUUAGCACCUGUGAUGACAUCACUGUUUCCUGGGUAAACUACAGGACACACCAGCAUGAAUACCUGAAGGAACAAGGGCGCUCAUGCUCAGGGGAAACCCCAAGCAUUGGGUCAACUUCUGUGGUCACAGAUGCUCUUGGGAACGAACCACAACUUAAUGUUGCGACCAACAAUGGCUUGUAUGGACACAGCUUUUAUUUAAAUCGGAAUAUUACAAGUAACUACACUAUAGAGAAAAUAUCAGCGGAUGAAUUUUUUGUUGAGGAAGCUAACAAAACUGUGACAUACCAUGAAGGAGAACCAGUGGUCCUGAACGUUUUAUACAGAAGCCCCAGCACAGCUGGACCGCCAAAAUUUAGCCUAAGAAUUCAAAUUGAAACGAUUAGCAAAACAGGCGGGAAUGCUGUUUUUCUAACCGAUGGAUGCUCUAUCAAUCCAUACAAUGAUGACAGUAAGGCGUGUAGACUUAGACGGCUACAAAAGACAAAAUCUUAUUUUCGAUUCCAGAUUCACAUUGACACAACUCUUGUGAAACCAGUCGGGUAUACAACAAUCAGAACUGAUCCAACGUACGGAGCAGGUCAGUUUUCCACCAGUUCUUAUCAAAUUCUUGGAAUUCAUGAAGGCACACAGGCAGACCUCUAUCCCGACAAUUUCGUGCAUCUUUCCGUUAACUUUGACAUCUGCACAUUUCGUAAAUCGUGCUACUUCGAGUGCCAGGCGCGGGGACAAUAUGUAGAGACUCUGAAACUUUCAGAAAUAAAUAAGAAUGGAACACAGGAGAUAUUGGCUCCGGAAUUCAUAAAUAAGAGGCCGUAUUUCUCGAAGGGAAUUUGGCUCCUAAGAACCCCUGCAGAGGCUGGCUCAGAAAAGCACAUGAUAUGCUCGGUGACAUACCCCAACGGUACGAACGUCAGUAGAAACUACACAGUAGUGUUCAAUCAACCUCCGUCUAUCGUUCGAAAUAUGUCGUCCUUCACUGUUGACUUCGACGCAAAAAUGGCAACGAUAACGUGCGCAGCGACAGGAACGCCUAUGCCGUUCAUGAGAGGAAAGCUAGAAUUAUAUGAAUCAGAGAAUCAAGAAACUGCGUCAGAAAUUUAUCCGAUCUAUCUCUAUGACUACGGCGACAACUUGCGACAAGUGAAUGGCACAUUUAUACAUCGCUUUUCGUUCAGUUUCCCGUACGAUGGGACGUAUUACAAGCUCGUCUCUGUAACAUGUUCGGCGUAUUCUGAACGUGGCAACUUUGAAGACCACGCGCGCUUAGAAACUUACAAUUUAGUUACUCAUACAAAAAUCAACGAUGCGAUCUACGAGGACUAGGUUUGUCUACUUUCGAAAGUUCCAUUCCGAUCACCAA